CAGCUUUGCGUCAGAGAAUCAAACAGCUGGAAGAGAACCAACGUGCCAGCAGCCUUAAUGACAGCCGCCUAAAGAGGAGGAAGAUUUAGAAUGUGGCGAAGCUAAAAAGGCUAAGAAACUGCAGAGCUGUCUGCUCUACCCUUUUAGAGAUGCCCGGAGGUCAGUACCAGGUGACAAGCACCAGGUUCCACCACAGUGUCUACAGCCUGACAGACAGCUCCGUUGCCAGUAACGAAGAUGAAGAGGCCGAAGCCCCGCCACCGCUCACGCCCCUCCAGAAGCUCACCAUUGACUUGUGCAAGGAUGAGAAGACCAUUAAGGAACUGAUCAUAGGCCGCAGGGUGGGCUUCUACAAAGUACGUGGAGAGAUCGGCUAUGGGACCUUCUCCAGGGUCAAACUAGCUUUUAAUGCACUGACUAAAGACAAAGUGGCCCUGAAGAUCCUGGAGAAGGCGAGGCUGGAUAGUCAGGCCCACCGUCUGCUGUCCAGGGAGAUCAGCAGCAUGGAGUCUCUGCAGCAUCCCAAUGUGAUUCGCCUGUAUGAGGUCUUGGAGACACCGAGCCGUCUGUACCUGGUGCUGGAGUACGCCGGAGGAGGAGACCUUCACAACAAGAUCUGCAAUGAGGGAAAGCAGUCGGACAAUGCCAGUAAGAUCAUCUUUGCCCAGAUCCUCUCUGCUAUUAAAUACAUGCACAACCUCAACAUCAUCCAUCGGGACCUGAAGGCGGAGAAUGUUCUGUUCACCUGCAGUGGCUGUGUGAAGGUGGCCGACUUUGGAUUCAGCACGCGGGUUUCAAACCGCAACGUCAUCCUGGACACCUUCUGUGGCUCGCCGCCGUACGCGGCGCCGGAGCUCUUCAGGGACGAGUGCUACCUGGGGCCUCCGGUGGACGUGUGGGCCAUGGGGGUUCUGCUUUUCUUCAUGGUCACCGGCACCAUGCCGUUCCGCGCUGAGACCAUGGGCAAGCUGCGGCGCAACAUCAUCGAGGGGUGUUACACCGUCCCCCCCUGGGUGUCCGGCCCUUGCCAGAGGCUCAUCAAGGGCAUUCUGAAGCCGGCCCCCAUGGAGCGCUAUGCUGUAGACCAGAUGCUGGGCUGCGACUGGCUCCUACCAGUGGAGCUUCCCUGGUCGUUAGUGACUCCCGAGCCGUCUUCCUCCCUGCGGGGCCUGCUGGACUCAGAGUGCAGGAACCUGGAGGAGGAGGAGGAUGUCAGGAUUUUGCUGGAGGAGCUUGGAUUCACUGCAGAGCACCUGCAGAACAAUCGUCUCAAAGACAACCGCAGCCCGGUGACGGGGGUCUAUCGGAUCCUGCUGCACCAAGCCCAGAAAAAGAGGGGCUGCGACAGUCUGCCGGUGGUUCGAGGUAUGGUGAGGGACCCCAAGAGGGAGGGGCUGCGGGCCUACAGGGGUCUCAGACACACAUCCAAGUUUUGUGUGCUUUCAUAGCAGACUAUUAGUGAUUAUUCAGCACAUUUUUUUUACAAACUUUUUUUAUGCAAAGACAUUUAUUUAUUUUUUUUGAAACUUUACACAGUUCAUGAGAAACUGGCAUUUUCAUAAUUUGUUGCCUCUUAGUAAUUUGUUGUGCUCUUUUCAGUGCAGCUGUUUGGCAUGCACAUGUUUCAAGUGCCUGGAAAAGGCUAAGUAAAAACGGCUUUCUUCUUAUAAUAUCUCUAUCUUAUAAUAUGUAUUUUUUUUUAUUUAGACCAUAAAAAAACAUAAAGAUAAACCUGCUCUAAGGUUGUUCAUAGUUUUUUUUUUUAAUAAAUUAUAUUUACGUUCCACAACUAAAUCAAUGUUCAUUUUCUAUGCAAUAUCAUAGUAAGCUAAUUUUCCAAGCUUUUCUGCACCUAUUUGCACCUUUUGAAAAUCUAGUAGAGUAAAGAAAGUUAAUCCGUAUUUGGGUGUUAAAAGAAGAAGGCGGCAAAGGCAUGAAGCAAGACUGUAAUUUCUUAUGAAAGAUAAAUAAAGUGGCUAAAUAA